AUGCGUAGCUCGUUCGAGAUCGCCAGCCUCUGCUCGCUGUUGCUUGCUUCGUCUUCUGCCGCCAUCAGCAUACCGGCCAAUGUUCAAAAUCUCUACGACAGCAUUGUCCGCCAAGGCGAGUGCAAGAACAAGGCAGCAACUGGCUUCUACGCCUUAUCUGAUGGAACAAAUGGUAACUUCUCAUACUGCCAGGACCAUCUAGACGAUUAUGGAAUAAUCUACCUCCAAGGCAGUAGUGGGGCCCUCGCAGACAUGGACAUUGAUUGUGAUGGCAACCAGGACGAGCCUUCAAGCAGUGCGAAUGACGGUCGAUGUGGCAAAUCUAGCGACACACAGAGUGACACAUCUUAUGAAGAUACUGUCAAGAGCUACGGAAAAGGAAUCUCGAAUCUCAACCCGUACAUUCAUACCUAUGUUGUGUUUGGAAACUCCAACGACGGCAAUACCGCUGGCUACAAGACCUUUGAUCCCACAAAGUACGGAAUUGAGCCUCUGAGCCUGAUGGCUGUCGUUUGCAAUAAACAGGUGAUCUUUGGCAUCUGGGGCGAUACCAACGGAGACGACGACGGCUCGAAGGCCAUGGUUGGCGAGGCCGCCAUCUCCACAGGCACGCUCUGCUUUGGUGACUCGAUCACGGGUGACAACGGCCAUUCUGACUUGGACAUCCUCUACAUUGCCUUCAACGGCACGGAUGCUGUGCCCGGAGCCAGCGGGGCCAAGUGGGAUGCUACGAGCGCCGACGACUUCGAAAGCAGCCUGGAAACACUCGGUACCAAACUAUUGGAGCGUAUUGGCUCUUCGGGCUCCAGUGUCACUACCAACUCAACCAGCGGCGGCGACGGUUGCAGCUGGUCAGGGCACUGUGCAGGUGCCUCAUGUUCCACCAGUGACGAUUGCUCUGGUGAUAUGGUCUGCUCGAGCGGCACUUGCUCAUUGAGCUGA